GAUAGAUGUAAAAUUUGGAAAAAACGAAUGCAAGUUUACUUCAAUUUACCAUAGUAGCCAUAUUCCAUAUAUCUGGAUCAACAUUUACUGAAGAACAAUGAGUGGAGCGAAUAAAGGAGUUAAUAAUAGUCGUGCGCAAGUUGAGAUUCCAGAACCUUUGAAAAGUAUACGUGAGCGUACAAUUAGAAAACUCAGAGAUAAAGCUUAUACAGCCGAUGUAAUUUACCAGAGCUAUGCUGGAAGAGACAGGAAAGCCAAUGGCACUGGGGCAAUUGGAGGAGUUGCGGCAGUGAUAGGAGGUGUUCUAACACUGCCUACAGGUGGCCUUGCAGCACCGGCUUUGCUAACCGGACUUUCGCUUACAUCAGGAGGGGCUUCGAUUGCAGGUGGUUUCUGGUCAAUAAAAAAUGUGUGGGAUCGUGGAAUGGAGCUUGAAAACUUGAACAAAAGGAUUUCGGCUGUUUUGCGCGAAGAUGAGAGAGAAGUAUCGGAAAUGUUUGAGGAGAUCCUUCAUAGGCGCAGUGUACGUGAUGGAAGUGUACUCGAACCAGCACAAGUUGCUCGUGAAAUGCAUGCAGCUGCUGAUGGUCUUGAUGCCGUUGGACUGAAUAGCAAUAUUUUGAAGGAAAUGAUAAAUCGGAUUCCAUCAGUGAUCAAAAUUAUUUCGCAUGGAGGAUUCCCGAUAUUAUCAGGUGUGGCAGUGGUAUGCAUCCGAUAUGCUAUUGCAAGGCCCAUCAAGACUACUGUUAAGGAGGUUGUUGAAGAAGUGGCAGGACGUGCAACAAAAAAAAUUGCUACGGAAGCUACAGAAGAAGGAGCAAAAGUUUCGGCAACACAACUAAUAAAGAAUGGAGCAAAAACAGGUACAAAAACAGCCUUGAAAGUUGCUGGAACCGUGACCAUGGCGCUUGGAAUCAUCACUACUCUGUGGGAAGGAUACAACAUGUAUCAAAAUCACUGUGCCACCAAAGAAGAAUCUCAACAUGGAAGAGAACUUCGCUGCCUGGCAAAUAAAUUAGAAAUAAGUUUAAAAACAGGCAAGAUACCAUACUAAACUUUAAAGCUGGGGACGAUGGAACAAGGUGGUUGCUGUGUUUAGCCACAUUAAUAAUUAUUUUGGCAAUUUGGUAGUUUUAUAGGAAAAGAAACGUUUUAUCAUUUAAAAAAGCAGGCACAGCUGAGCAUUUUGUUAAGACCGAGGUUAAAUGGAACAAAUGAGUACAAAGAAUAUUAAAGAAAGCAUGCAUAUAUAUAUUACCCAUAUUAAUAAUAUAAAAAAACAAUAUAAAGUUAAUAUCUUAUUUCUGUUGAGAGGUCCUUUAGAGUUUAGAUAUAAACUUAUCUCUUAGGUUAGCCCGUAGUCUUUUAAUCGUUAAACAACACUUGUUAUUAGUAUAUGCUCCCUAUAAUGUUGAUUGUUGACGUCAUGCUCAAAGUUCAGCUAGCAUCCACGCACUUGUCUAGAUCUACGCGCCUAAAACGAUCAGGUUGAUGCAAUAUUGAUAUGAACAUGCAGGAUGGAACAAUGUUGUGCUGAGUUACAACGUUAUUCAGAGUUGUUAUCAACAUUGAACAAUAUUGUUACAUGCUGAUAAAUGUAUACAGCAGACUUAGAGUUUUUAGCCGUGUAUUAUAUAUAAGGAAGCUGUAAAUCCAUGUAAGCUGCAUUAGUUACAACAAAAUUAAUACAACACAUUUUAAGUUCGUUUUCAC